AUGAAAUCUCUUCUUUUUGUAUUCUUUUUCUCAUCACUUGCCAUAGCUGGAUUGAUCGUUCAUGAUUCUCGGAUACCAAAAGAUGCAAAGUUCAGUCGACAUUACUUAGGAAAGACAUUAUGGAGCUUUGUGAAGAGUCCUGAUCCUGAAGUGCGAUCAGCCUCUUGUGGACUUUGCACGUUAGUUGUGGACGCAAUUCAAUCAAUGAUCAAGAACAACAAUACUGAUGAGGAGAUUUUUCAAGUGAUUGAAAACAUCUGCAUAAACCUCAACAUUGAACAACCCUAUGUUUGCAAAGGAAUGGUGGAGAUAUUUGGACCCGAAAUCGUGUUUGUUCUUCAAAGAGCCGUCUUUACUCCUGAAGAAGUUUGCGGAGCAUUCAUUGAUGACUGUGGUCACUCGGACAACCCAUUACAAGAACUUUGGAAUAUGACAAUUCCUGGCAAUAAACCGGCUGUGAAACCAUGGCCAAGACCACAAAACGGUAAACCAACAAUGAGAGUGCUUCAUCUAUCCGACAUUCACAUCGAUCGAUGGUAUGAGGUUGGAUCGGAAGCAGAUUGCACCGAUGGGAAGGGUCUUGAUGCCUUUGGAACCUAUGCUCUUUGUUGCAGAAACUAUCCACCAGCAGCUGGAGAUCGGGAGAAGAAAGCCAUUAAAACACCAGCCGGUCCGUGGGGAUCACCAAUGAAAUGUGACAUUCCAUUCCAAACCUACGUGAGCGCGAUGAAGCAUAUCAAUCAAACCGAAAAGCUUGACUACAUCAUCGUAACUGGAGACUUCGAAGCGCACGACAUCUGGGACUACACCCAAGACAGAACAAAAGCCAACAUUGAGAAUAUCACAGCAGUUUUGCGCGAGUUCUUCCCUCACACUCCAAUCUAUCAAGCAAUUGGCAAUCAUGAGGGUGUCCCAUCUGAUGCAAUGCCAGCUCACACGAUGGAUGGCUAUGAUACGCACAGUCCACAAUGGUUGUACGAUGCGUUGGCCGAUGCAUGGGCACCGGAUAUCACUCCACAAGCUGUGAAUGAUGUUCGAUAUCGUGCUUCUUAUGCAACCUACAUCAAGCAAAACCUAAAACUGAUCUCCAUCAACAGCGUCUAUUGCUCUACUUUCAACUUUUUCAAUUACUUGAAUCAAGUUGAUCCAGAUGGAACUCUUCAAUGGUUGGUUGAACAACUUCUCGAUUCCGAAGCCAAGGGUGAAAAAGUGCAUAUAAUCUCUCAUGUUCCAUCUGGAGUCACUUAUUGUCUCAAAGGAUGGUCAACCAACUACUAUGAAAUCGUAAAUCGCUUCGAGAACACGAUCACAGCUCAAUUCUAUGGCCAUACUCACUACGAUCAUUUUGAGGUUUUCUAUGAAAACGCCGAUCCAACCAAGCGGGCAACACAUUUCAACUUCAUUGCUCCUUCACUUACCACAUACGAUUUCUUGAAUCCAUCAUAUCGAAUUUACACCAUUGAUGGAGCUUACUCUGGCAGCACCUAUACGGUGCUUGAGUCCGACACCUAUUGGGGAGACGUGAACCAGGCCAAUCAAGCGAAUCAGGAACCGAAUUGGCAACUUCUCUACAAUGCAAAAAAAGAAUACCAAAUGCUUGACUUAUCGCCUGAGAGUUGGAGCGCUCUGGCCAAGAGAUUUGAUACCGAUUUCGAGCUCUUCAAGAAGUUCCAUACAAACUACUAUCGAAAUGCGAAUUACAAAAAGAUGUGUCCAUUCGAGGAUGAGUGUCGGGGUGGAUUCACGUGUGCAAUGAGGUCGGCUCGUUCUUUCGAUGAGAAACAUUUCUGUCCAAGCAGUAAAAAA